CUGCAGUUACUUCAUUGUCAAUCACCAAUCACCAAAAACGCAGAAAGUUCUGACCUUUGGAUUAGCGUGAGAGUUUCACAAUGAAAGAUAGAGAAAACGUUGGAAAUCUUGAGAGCAGAAUCUUCGUUGGAGGAUUGUCGUGGGAUGUCACAGAGAGACAGCUUGAGAGUACUUUUGACCGCUAUGGGAAAAUCACUGAGUGUCAGAUUAUGGUGGGGAAAGAUACUGGCCGUCCACGUGGUUUUGGGUUUAUUACAUUCACUGAUCGCCGAGGAGCUGAUGAUGCAAUCAAGCACAUGCAUGGGAAGGAGUUGGGCGAUAGGGUCAUCUCGGUGAACAAAGCUGAGCCCAAAGUUGGUGGAGAUGAUGUAGACCAUUUAAAUAAGGGUGGAGGCUACUCAUCUCGAGGGAAGGGAAGUGAGGAUGAGUGCUUUAAGUGCGGACGCCCUGGUCAUUGGGCUCGAGAUUGCCCAUCAACUGGUAGCGAUCGAGGACGGUUCAGGGUUUCCCUUGCGAUGCGCUCUAGACUUGGAGAAUUAGAUGGACACCGAGAUCGCUAUGGAGAUCGUGAGCUGGAGCGGGAGCGUGAGCGUGACCGCUACAUGGAUGGACGCCGUGACCGAGAUGGGGGACGAUAUAGCUACAGGGACCGCUUUGAGAGUGGAGACAAGUAUGAGACUCGUGAUCACUAUCCAUUUGAGAGAUACGCACCACCUGGAGACCGUUUUGUGAGUGAUAGGUAUGGGAUGCCUGAACAUCAUCUUGAGAAUGAAUAUCGCGGCAGAGAGAGAAGCUAUGACAGGGACAGAUACGCAAGGGAUACAAGUGAUAGGUAUGGAGCUAUGGGACCGAUACGUGAUGAGGGAAGACCCUACAGAAGCAGACUGGGUCCUUAUGACCGUCCUAGCCGAGCUGGAGGCCGACCUUCGUCAUAUGAACGUUGGUAGUUUGUUUGGGUUAACCAGAGGUCAAUGCUUCUGUUUUUGGAUUUAGGUCUAUAUCAGAUAGAACUCGAAUUCUGGAUCUCUGCUGUGCUUUUUUGUCGAAUAUUAUGAUUCUUCAUUACAGUAAAAUAGUUACGUUCUU